GGACUAAACUGAAACAACGAAUAACAGCACCUCCUGUCUAAGCCCUAUACGUUCCGCCGUCGUGCAGUCGUGAAGUAUCCGUGAACUCCGUUUAAACUAUCAUUUCCUGAUCGCCGUCGAUGAAAAAGGUUCCCGGAGGAAGAAGAAAUAGUCAUUAGGCAUCAGAACUGUAGCUAGAAUGGAGGUAAUCAUGACAUCUCCUGUUCAGGAGUGUUUAAUGAUGGAAAAUGGUGGAGGUGAUGAUUCUGCUAAGCUGACUAAAUCAAAAAAAAGGAGACAGAAAAAAAAGAAACAGGCAGCAUCAGUUCCAACUUCUGGUGAUGCAAAUACAGGGUCAAAAAGAGAAGAUUGUAUGGAAACUUCUAGUAACAAGAUGAUUUCAGAUAAAAUUGCAACUCCUGAUGCAAAGAUAGUGGCAAAAGGAGAAGAGGGAACAACUGCAACAGAUAAUACAGUGUCAAAAAAGAGAAAAAGGCUGAGAAAAAAGAAGAAUCAAUCCUCAAAUGACAUGGUAACUGUAGAGAAAGAUUUAAGUAAAACUGCAACUGAUGAUGUGAAAAUGGUGUCAAAAGGAGAAAAUCAUAUGGAAACUUCUAGUAACAAGAUGAUCUCAGAUAAAACUGCAACUCCUGAUGCAAAGACAGUGUCAAAAGGAGAAGAUGAAACAAAAGUUGCAAAUGGUGAAAUGGUUUCAGGUACAACCCCAACAGAUAAUACAAUGCCAAAAAAGAAAAAGAAGAAGAAGAAUCAAGAAGCCUCAAAUGACAUGGUUACCAAUGGUGAAAUGGUUUCAGAUACAACUGGAACUGAUGAUGUGAAAAUGGUGUCAAAAGGAGAAGAGGACACAAAAGUUGUCAAUGGUGAAAUGGGUUCAGGUACAACUGCAACAGAUAAUACAGUGUCAAAAAAGAGAAAGAGGCCAAGAAAAAAGAAGAAUCAAGAAGCCUCAAAUGACAUGGUAACUGUAGAGAAAGACUUGAGUAAAACUGCAACUGAUGAUGUGAAAAUGGUGUCAAAAGGAGAAGAGACUGGAACUGAUGUUGUGAAAAUGGUUUCAGAUACAACUGCAACAGAUAAUACAGUGCCAAAAAAGAAAAAGAGCAGGAAAAAAAAGAAGAAGAAUCAAGAAGCCUCAAAUGACAUGGUAAAUGUAGAGAAAGAUUCAACUAAAACUGAAACUAAUGAUGCAAAAAUGGUGUCAAAAGGAGAAAAUCACACAAAAGUUACCAAUGCAAACAAGGGUUUAAUUAAAACUACAAAAAGUUAUAAGAAUGGUAGAGUAACAGAGCAAAAGAUUCAUAGAUCAACUGAAAGAGGACAAAAUAAAGAUAAACAAGAAGGAAAGAAACAUGAAGUUUGUUAUGCAAGUAUGGGUGCAAAAAGGGUAAAAAUGGAAAGUGUAAUACAAACAGGAAAAGAGAAGUUAUCUGGAACUACAAAACCAGGGAAAAAGCUUCUGAUUUUUGAUAUAAAUGGAUUGCUUGCAGAUAUUGUGUCACCUCGCCCACAAGAUGUGCAAGCAGAUUAUUAUAUUCCAAAACGAGCAAUAUUCAAAAGACCCUAUUUGGAUGGUUUUUUGCGGUUUUGUUUUGAGAGAUUUAAUGUUGGCAUCUGGUCUUCAAGAACAAAGCAAGUUUUGUACCCAGUGGUUGACUUUUUGUUAGGUGAUUUAAAGAAGAAUCUGCUUUUUAUUUGGGAUAAUUCAUUUUGCACGAAUACAGGGAUGAAAACUCUUGAAGAUAAAUACAAGCCAAUGGUUUUCAAGGAUUUGAGAAAGAUUUGGCUGAAAUGGCUCGAUGGAACUUUUCAUGAAUCAAAUACAUUGUUAUUGGAUGAUUCUCCAUAUAAAGCAUUGUUGAAUCCUAAGAAUACUGCAAUCUUUCCUCUAUCUUACAGCUACAAGGAUAGGAAUGAUGACUUUCUAGGUCCCAAUGGUGAUCUCCGAAAGUAUCUUGAAGUGUUGGCAGACACUGAAGAUGUGAAGACGUAUGUAGAGCAACAUCCGUUUGGCCAAUCAGCUAUCGAUCAAACACACCCAAGUUGGGCCUUUUAUGCAAAAGCUCUAAAGAGUCAAAAAUAGUAUAAGUUUGUUAUAACCAACAUAUGAUACAACUCUAAGUAGCACAAAAACACAAUACGAGCUUAACUCUAAAUUUGUUGUAGCCGAAAAGUAGUUUGCUGCCUUUUGUAGUAGUGAAAACAUGAAAAGCUUGUGCAGCUCGUUUUGUAUUGCAUCAAGUGGUUGUACUCUAUGUAUGAAAUACUUGCACAUUUUAGAUUUAGAUUUAGAUUUAGAUCAA